UUUUUUGAAAGAUCAGCCCCUUAAAAAUCAGUUCCUUCCUCACGGCACACAUAACCCAACCCAAACCCAAGAUGCGCCUCUGUCUCCCUCUUUUUCGUCUUCUUCGACCUUCAACUCUUUCCUUUUCUUCUUUAUGAACUAAUGCUUACUAGAGAUUUUGUAGAUUGGUGCUUUUCUCCAGAAUGGACUUUGGGGUAGUGGGGUUGGAUGGUUUUGUGGAUUCUGGUGAUGCCCCUUCUCCUCACUCUAAGCUAAAAUCUCUUGGAUCUUGUUUCUCCAAGCAGGAUAGAUCUGGGUUUGUUGAUGAUGACUGGAGGAACUCCAAGAUUCCCAAAACUGAACCCAUCUCUGGUUCUAAGACAAUGCCGCUUCAUCAGGGCUUCCCUUUGCUGAGAUCUAAUACUUUUAUUUCUAGUAGUGAUGGGCGUCAAAAGGAGCACAUGCUUAGCUUCUCUUCACUCAAAUCUGAAACUUCCCUGCUACCUAAACACUCUGACCUGAUUGCAAGGAAUCCCCAAAACUCCAUUUUCCCUCACAAUCAACAGAAAUCUUCAGUCUACUCUAGAAAUACGGGAUGUGUUUCCGGAAGCUAUAAUGGUAGCAUGCAUGGGGGUAUAGCUGGGAUUAGAGGACCAUUUACACAAUCUCAAUGGGUUGAGCUUGAACAUCAGGCAUUGAUCUACAAAUACCUCUCUUCAAAUGUGCCUCUACCUUCUAAUUUGCUCAUUCCUCUCAAGAAAUCGCUCUAUCCCUAUGGCUUCACUUGCUCUUCUGCUGGAUCCAUGCCUCCCAACUCAAGGUGGGGUUCUUUCCAUUUGGGUUUCUCCGGCAACACUGAUCCUGAACCAGGAAGAUGUCGUCGAACUGAUGGAAAGAAAUGGCGGUGCUCUAGAGAUGCCGUUGCCGAUCAGAAGUAUUGUGAAAGACACAUAAAUAGGGGCCGCCAUCGUUCAAGAAAGCCUGUGGAAAGCCAGACUGGCCAUUCCGCCCCUGGGACCACUAAUCCAACACCCAUGGUGACAUCGAUGUCUACUUCGUUGUCCUCGACGGUGGUGCCCAGCGGCGGUGCAUCCAACAACCUCCCGGUCAUUCCUCACCAGCUCAAGAGUUUGCAUCCUGUUGCUGCUUCCGAUCCUGGUGCCGAUGCCCCUGGCAAUAGGUUGCUAAACAGAGAGACUGUGUGUAGCAGAAUCCAAGAGACUGGGGGCCUCUCAAUGAUGUCUUCGAAUGUCAAUCUCAUGGCAUCCAAUGAAAAAUCUGGUGCAAAACAAGAGAUUUCUGAAGGAGAUGAAUUUGGACUUGUUUCCACUGAUUCUCUCCUAAAUCCUUCACAGCAGAGGGGCUCUUAUGCCAAUCCCAAAAACUAUGACUCCUUCCUGAUCUUCAGUGACCAGGAAACCCAAGACCAUGACCAACAUCCACUUCGACAGUUCUUUGAAGACUGGCCCAAGGACCAGUCGAGUCGUUCGGUCAUGACCUGGCCCGAAGAAUUCAAAUCGGAUUGGACACAGCUCUCCAUGUCGAUACCCAUGUCUGAUUUCUCCUCGUCAUCAUCCUCACCAACGCAUGAGAAGCUAGCUCAAUCUCCUCCUCUCAGGCUAUCUAGGGAGCUUGAGCCAAUCCAGAUGAAUUUGGUGGCACGCAAGAAUGAUGAUGAGUUAGUUCAAAAGCAAAGCAACCAGAUAGCAGCCGCAAUGUGUUGGGGAAGUUCAAUGGGGGGUCCUUUGGGAGAGGCAUUGACAAACGGCAGCAACUGUGUGAAGGGCAGCAAGGUGCCACCAUCACUGAAUCUCUUGGGUGAAGGAUGGGAUGGCAGUCAGCUGGGAUCCUCACCUACUGGUGUGUUGCAAAAGGCAACAUUUUGCUCCCUUUCAAACAGCAGUUAGAUAAAAGCAUCUAAAGGGGGUGGGGGCGGCUGAGAAGAAGAAAGCCAAUGUAGCUGCUGCCUGAAGCUCCUUUCUUUCUUUUCAGUAGACAGGAGGUUUCAUUAAAAUUUAUAAAGAAAGGAAUGCAAAAAAUGGUGAACACAAAAAGAUUUGAGAAAAAAUGGAGAGAUUGAUUCUGAAGCUCAGUGUAAUCUGCUCUUCUGCUCCAACUUAUUUGUUUGUUUUAUUUUCUUCAAAAGUACUGAGUAUGGCUUUCAUUAAAAUCUACAGUUUUGUGAAUUUGAAUGAAAUUUGGUUGUGCUGUUCUUCAGCAAA